AUUAUAGGAAUGGAUCAGAGAAUAAUCGCAUCUAGGGAACACAUUGAACAAAUGGAAAGGGAUGACACUGAUGCAGAAAUCAUGAUGUGUAUGAUGUUGUUGAUGAAAGCACGUGAUUCAUUAUACAUUAGAGAGCCCAUACGAGAUAGUAAAUUGACAGGACCAGAGCGAGUGAGUGAGGUUCUAAAUGGACAUGUAGACAGAUGCUAUGAACAGUAUAAAAUGGAACGCCAUGUCUUCCUCAACCUUGAAGCAUUAAUGCGACAACAUGGUUGGUUGGAAGAUAGUCGAUAUUUAAGAGUGGAUGAGCAGUUGGCAAUGUUUAUAUCUAUCGUUGGUCACAAUGAUAGGUAUAGAGACAUAGCAGAACACUUUCAGCGUUCUCUUAACACUAUAGGUGAACACUUUAAGAAAGUGUUACGUGCUUUCAUACUACUGGGACAAGAGAAUAUCAAACCUCCAAACUUCAGUCGUUGCCCUAAACAGAUUCUUGAAAAACCAAAGCUCUAUCCUUUCUUCAAGGACUGCAUUGGCACGAUUGAUGGCACUCAUGUUAGUGCUUCUGUACCUCUACCCAAACAAAUACCGUACAGAGGAAGGAAAGGAGAUACGACCUGGAAUGUUAUGUGUGCAUGUGACCUUGACAUGAAAUUCACUUUUGUGUACGCUGGUUGGGAGGGUUCUGCAAAUGAUUGUCGAGUAUUCAAUGAGGCAUUGAAUAACCCUAAAUUUGAAUUUCCUCAUCCUCCACCUGGUACAUUCUAAAUCUUAACCUCACCAGUUGAUUAUGCUCUAUUUUACAUAUUGUGUUGAUUCAUUACUUUUCACUUUACGUGCUAGAUAAAUAUUAUGUGGUUGAUUCUGGUUAUCCAUCUACUACUGGGUUCUUGACGCCGUUCAAAGGACAAAGAUACCAUCUAAAUGAUUAUAGGAAUAGACGUCCAAGGACAGCAGUAGAGCUAUUUAAUAAUAGACACUCUUCUGUUAGGAAUGUCAUAGAGCGCAGUUUUGGUUCUUUGAAGAAGCGAUUCCCAAUUCUCAGCAAAAUGCCAUGUUUUCCACUGAACACCCAAACAUGCAUCGUCAUUGCUUGUUGUGCACUUCACAACUUCAUUCGGGAGGAAGAAAUUGCAGACAAGAAUUUUGAGGAGUUUGGUGAAAAUUGGUGGAAUGAGGAGCCUGAAGAAAUUCAAGAUUAUGUACCACCGGCUCA